UAAGAAUCAAGGCUUUGACUGACCGCGCACUCCCUCCUGGAAUCUGCAAGAACAUAACGGUCUCACAACGGAGAAGAAGCAAUUGGCUGUGGAUGCCAAUACUUGAUUGCCGCAUCGGAGUUAGUGGUAGUUGCAUCGGUGUCUCCGAACAUUCGAAGCGCUGAAGUAACGUUAGCAGAGUUAGCUAGUUUCGAGCAUCCAUGUUCAAAAGCGAUGAUUGAUGCAGCAGCCUCAAAUCAACAGUCGGUAGGUUGAGCAGAUGGCCGGAAGGAUCUUAUCGUGGCUAAUGCAUCAAUGUAUGCAUGUACAGUACAUAGAUCCAUUCCGCUAUUGUUUGAGAUGCAAGGAUUUCAUUUUAUGGUCUCAAAUGCCUUUCGUUACGUAUUCGAUUAUGGAAGUGAGGAUGAAAUCUUAAAGCACCGCCAAAUCGUCAUUUCCACUUCGGCCGUGGCUCCAAUGUCCCAAGCAAAGUCCCAAGCGUGUUGGAAUCUUGGAAGUAUUUAGGGUUCUUGAACAUCGAGUCAGACUGUCAGAUAUCCCAAAACGUGAUAACUAACAACGUUGGUAACGAACGUUCAGCGGGAUUACGCAGCUUCGGACCGCUUCUAGGUCUCGUCUCUCCUUGGGUAUUGGAAGGAAUCUACCAAGGGCUACUAGUUAUAUCCGCGAAACUCAGCUUGAUACAGAUCUGACACUACCCCCAGCCCCCGCUGGCCUGGCGGAAGAAUGGCAGCAGCAGUCUGGUUUCACCCGCCGCUGAUGUAAAGGGCAGCGUGCACAUUUUCCCUCAUCUGACUGACGCGUGUUUGAACCCAUUCUCUGGAUAAUAAAUAGAGCCUGUCUUGCCAAAUUGAUUGUUAUCCAGAUAUCUUCUUCCUUAAUGGUGUUUGUUUUUCAAGGCGCAACGAAGGGCUAAAUCCGGCUUGCCCAACCUGUGUCUUGCAAGAAACUCCUCCGAAAGGUCAAUCAAUCUAUGGCCACCAACCUACAUCGAGAACGCAUAUAUAUAGUCUGCUGAGCUCCCUUCUAGCCGUUUGUCAGAGGCGUCUUCACUCUGUGUUGGGGUUUUCUCAUGUUAUAUUCUCGAAGCGCAACGCAUCGGGCAGCUUCAGGGAACUGUCAACUGCUUUUAUUCCUUCUAUAGUCGUCUUGGUCACAGUAUUAACACACAAGCCUUUGAUACCGAUACCCAACGCCAAACAUCUGAAAACAUGGAGAAACAUCAAGACAUCCCGAGCAUAAUAGACCGGGACACCAAAAGCCUUGAACCUCUCCUCCCUGAAGAACAUGUCAUCUCUGGCCCGAAGCGAAUGUCUCUUUCGCGACUAAGUCUAUUCGCUGUGAAGAUUCUGACUCUGACACUCCUGGUCACGAUAACUAUAUAUAAAUAUUUUUCUUCAUCGCUUUCCCCACCCUCACUAUACGCUGUUUCCCUCAGAGUCAUCCCGCCCGUAGAGUUACAACACACGCAGUCUGCCUACGAAGCCAGGUGCGGUAACUCCCCUGCCGAAGCGCGCAAGCUGGGCUGCCGCUUUGACAUGAUAACUUUCAGCUGGCAACACAAAGACUGCUGGGACGAAACACUGUACAUGCAUUUCCUAACCCGGUAUAAAAAUACCUGGUAUUGGGAGACACUAGACGGAGAACCCGUGCCGGUCGACGAAGUGUUGGCGGGCCAUCAUCAAGUCCUAAAUACGACGUGGGGUUUCUACAUCGUCCAUUGUCUCUAUGCGAUGGAACGAGCGGCGCAGGGUUCGCCCCCGUCACGGUUGACACGGGUGGGUGCACGACGGCAGCUGUUGGAGGAUUGGUCGCCUCCGUAUCUGCAUGCAAAGCAGUGCAUGCUUGAUCUGAUGAAUCCGGGGAGGUAUGCGCGGACAACAAUGAUGACCACUACGAGGAUGUGGUAUCCGGCUUGCGAACCGAUAUCGGCCAAUUGACCUGUUGAUUGAUGGAUGGAUUGAAUUGAGCAUGUACGGUGUCCGACUGGGCCUUUUAAUUAAUUGUGUGAUAUAUGGGCGGGACGGGUGGCGUUGCAUGGAUUUUUCUCAUUAGGUACAUACCCCGCCUGGUUUUAGAUCCUCGUCGUUUAUACACGCAUAGAGCCAGUGGGUAUGUAUUUGUAUACAACACAAUAACGAACAAACUGAUAUAUACCUGAACAUUGGAAAGCUGUCUAUGAGUUGUAUAGGAGGAGUCAAAAAGUAUUAUUGCCAGCCGUUGAGUGCAUCUACCAUUGGAGGAUUUGGAGCGCCUCAGCCAAUGCGGACCGACCUUGAGUAGCUCAACGAAUGAUCUAGUUAAUAAAUACUAAAUCGGAAAUUUUACCAUGUGAUCAAACGCCAUUGAAAACAGACAGGGGCGUCAAAACUUGAAGUUUCAUAAUAGAUCUGGGCCAAUGCGACCCAUAUCAGGAGGUUUAAAACUUCCGAGGAGCUUGAAUGAGAUAUGGAUAUCAUUAUCC